AUGAGAAAUAACAAAGCACCUCCUUUAAAUAAGAAUUUAACCAAGCCACUAGCAGCAGCAUUCUACGGUACAGCAGGGUAUAGAUUGAACACUCCUGAUCUCAACAACGUGGUCUGCAGAGCUAGUCUUAUAUCAUGCAUCAGGAGUGCAACCUUUGCCGGGAAGUUUAUUGGUCUUUACAUAACGGCGUCACACAAUCCAAUAGAAUACAAUGGUGUCAAAUUCAUCGAUUUCAAUGGGAAUAUGCUUGAUGAAACUUGGGAGAUUGCUUCCGAUGAACUGGUAAACUGUCAUGAUCAAGAUUUUAAUUCCAUUAUCAACAAAAUAUUCAGACAAAACAGCAAUUUCACUGGUAUAAGCAAUUCAAUUAGAGGAAACGUCAUUAUAGGAAGAGAUACGCGAGAAUCAGGCAUUCAGCUCACAAAGAAUAUAAAAGAGGUUCUUGAGAGUUAUAGGUGUAAUGUAUUUGACUAUGGACUUGUUUCCUGUCCUGAAAUGCAUUUUUUAAUAAGAAAAUGCAAUGAGAGUAACAAGAUUAUUGAGAAAUCGGUAUACGUAGACCAUCUUUACAAUGACUUCCUAAAUUUGAGAAAACUGACAGGUGCCGAUAUGGGGUUUGGUAUUGAUACUGCCAAUGGUGUUGGAACAACUAAGAUGAAUGAGAUUCUGGAAAAAGAUAAAGACUUCAGUGUAGAAAUAUUAAAUGAUCCAAAGCAUGGUGUUUUGAAUAAGGAAUGUGGUGCAGACUUUGUCAAGGUGCACAGGAUAGCACCCAAGUUGAAAAAGACGGAUUAUGCAUUGUGUGCUUCUUUUGAUGGUGAUGUGGACAGGCUGAUACUUUAUACUCAGGAGUCUAAAAUAUUAGAUGGAGAUGCACAGUGUGUAUUCAUUGCUGAACUAAUCAAAAAGGAACUUGAAAGGGAAAAUCUUACUCCUGAAAUAGGAAUUGUUCUAAGCCAUUAUUCAAAUAUGGGAGCUAUGAACUACUUGAGAAAUAGUGGUUUUAAGGUUGUAUUGGCACAGACAGGUGUUAAGAAUUUUGUAAAAGAGGCUAGGAAAUAUGAUGUUGGAGUAUACUUUGAACCUAACGGCCAUGGCUCUGUAGUGUUUUCAAAGAGACUUCUGGAAAAGACUGAGUCUCUACCCAAUACGUCCAUUUUGAAAAUUCUUACGCAGAUGUUCGAUCCUUGUGUUGGGGAUGCUUUGGCAAAUUUCCUCGUCCUAAAGGCUACCCUUAGAUCCCUAAGUGAUCUUACUAAGUACAAAGAGAAUUGUUCAAGACAAUUAACAGUUAAAAUCAAGGAUAAGAAUGUGAUUAAGGUGGAUCAAGACAAUUGUGUUCUUGAGCCUGAUAUUCAAAAGAAGAUUGAUGAGCAAGUUUUGAGAUUCAAGGGUCGGGCCUUUGUACGUCCUUCUGGAACAGAAGAUCUUGUAAGAGUGUUUGCCGAAUGCCCUGAUCAGAUGAAUUGUGAUAAGCUAGCCUUGAAUGUAGCAGAAAUUGUUUACGACAAUUGCGAAGGUGUUGGACCGCAUCCUGAGAUUGUGUAUUUCAACGAUUAA